AUGCCUGUGAUGGCCCUACGCUGGUAUGGUCGUGGAAGACUUCUUAAACUGGACGAUGGCGCUCCUGAAAUUGUUCUCCAAAAAGAUUUUGUAGUCCAUGUUUCUAUUUCAGAAGAUAAUUUAUAUGUUGCAUUACAAGCAGUUUCCUUUGUCAGCAUGAGCUUUUCAGACGCUUCAAAGUUCUCUUCUGCAUUUAACCUUUGCAAAGGCGUGAAGUCACGAACUUCUGCUAACUCUGCUGUGCCGAAGGAGGGUAACGUGUCGGAGUUCGAUGCACGUACUGAGCAAGCUUCUGCAUCUCAGUAUUUUCAGUUUUACGGGUUUGCUUUUACAACUGGAUAUUUAAGUUUUUUGCAACAAAAAACAACUAGUUAUAUAAAUGAAGUGAAGAUGAUUUCAUUACAUCGUUAUAGGUACCUAGCGCAGCAACAGAAUAUGAUGCAGGAUUAUGUGCGCACUUCAACUUACCAGCGUGCUAUACAUAUUAAUUCAAGAGACUUUAAGGAUAAGGUUGUGAUGGAUGUUGGAGCAGGCAGCGGCAUAUUAUCUUUCUUUGCUAUUCAAGCCGGAGCCAAGCGCGUCUAUGCUGUAGAAGCUAGUUCAAUAUCAGUUCACUGUGCGGAGUUGGUUAGAAGUAAUAACUUGUCGGAUCGGAUUAUUGUUGUUCCGGGACGGGUAGAAGAGGUGUCUGUGCCAGAGCAAGUGGAUGUUAUAAUUUCUGAACCUAUGGGUUACAUGCUGGUGAACGAACGCAUGCUUGAGUCGUACAUGCAUGCAAGGAAGUUUCUGAAACCGAACGGCAAAAUGUUCCCAUCUCGAGGUGAUCUUCAUUUUGCAUUAUUCAGCGACGAAGCUUUAUUUAUUGAGCAGUGCUCAAAGGCAAAUUUUUGGUGCCAGGAAAGUUUCCAUGGGGUUAACGUUUCUUCCUUAAGGCCUCAAGCACUAACUGAAGUUUUUAGACAGCCUGUAGUGGACACUUGGCAUCCUAAUAUUUUGAUGAGCGGCAGCAUGAAGUGGUCUGUAGAUUUUCUUAAGGACCAUGUUACUGCUUUGCACAAUAUAAACAUUCCAUUUACAUUUGCUGUCAAAUGUAUGGGCUUUAUUCAUGGAAUAGCAUUUUGGUUUGACGUUGCUUUUGUAGGUUCAACCGAAACUGUUUGGCUGUCUACAGCUCCUACAGAACCACUCACUCACUGGUACCAAGUUAGGUGUUUGUUUGAUAAACCGUUGAUGGCAUAUGCUGGGCAAAUUGUUAAGGGAAAGAUAAAGUUGGUUGCCAAUGAGAGACAGAGUUAUGAUGUAGAGAUUUCUGCUGAGGUCAAUGGACAGACAGCAAAUAAUUCGUUGGAUUUAAAAAAUCCUCUUUUCCGUUAUACGGGAGCUGCUGUAGUCCCCCCUCCAGGAAACGCCGUAGAGUCCCCAGCCGAUGCUCUUCUUCAACGUAUGACGAACGGGAACGUUGAGAUGCCGUUAGAAGGCGUUUCAAAUGGUUUUACUCCUGGGUACUGUGAUGCACUAACUGGCGCUACUCAAGUUGUUGCUCAUCAACUUGCUGCUUCAAGCAACAUUUCUGGUACUUCGGGAAUGAACGGCGCAGAUCUUAUUGAUAUUUGUUUGUUGCUUAACUUUUCUUAUCAGAAGAUUUCUGUUUCAAUCUUUUUUUCAUUCUGUUGAUU